AUGGGAAACAGGAAUGAUCAUGUAGAAGAACUUCAGCUUUCAGAUUGGUUUAAUCCUAAAAAACGUCCUGAAGUUAUAACAACAACUGACUGGUUUGCUCCAGUCGUAUGGGAAGGAACUUACAAUAGACAGGUCCUGGAAAAACAUUACAAAAGGCUGAACAUUACCAUAGGUUUGGCUGUAUUUGCUACUGGAAAGUUUGAAGAUCGAUACCUGAAACAGCUCAUACAAUCUGCCGAUAAGCACUUUAUGACUGGCUACAAUGUGAUCUUUUACAUCAUGACGGAUGAGCCUUCCAGACUAUCACACACAGAGUUAGGUCCUUUACGAACAUUUAAACUAUGUACAAUAUUUGAUGAAAAUACGUGGCAAGACUUUCAUCUCAUAUUCAUGAAGAAUUUAGGUGUGUUCAUCUUAAAUCACAUGCAGGAUGAAGUCAACUUUCUCUUUGUUAUGACUGUAAACCAGAUCUUUAAGAAUGACUUUGGAGUAGAAACCUUGGGAAAGUUGGUAGCUCAACUCCAUGGACGGUGGUAUUUUAAAAACGCUAAAACUUUCCCUUAUGAGAGAAAUUCUAAAUCAGCAGCUUUCAUCCCCUUUGGGCAGGGAGAUUUCUAUUAUCACAGUGCAAUUUUUGGUGGGACUCCCCAUGAGGUUUUAAAACUCAUUAAAGAGUAUCAAAAAGGAAGAAUUCAUGACAUCAAUAAAGAACUUACCAGCACAUACGAAAAUCACCUAAACAAGUAUUUUUUUCUCCAUAAACCCACUAAACUGUUAUCACCAGAAUACACUUGGGGUCCCAAUUUUCAUACCCCACCAAUUAACCAUAGUAAGACGGCAUGGCAAUCAGAACAGAUUCGAUGA